AUGAUAUAUGAUAACUUUCUUAAAUAUGGAAAUGAUAUGGUAAAGAAGUGUAUAAAUUCAAAGAGAUGUAUGUUGUACUUAACUCUUUUCAGGUUAUUUAAUUGUUUACUAGUUCAAACAUCAUUUUUUCCAGAUGAGUAUGCUCAAUCUAUCGAAAUUUCUCAUUAUUGGGUAUUUGGUUAUGGUCAUAAACCAUGGGAAUGGGAACCUUGUAUAUCAUUGCGAUCUGUUAUGCACCCUAUUAUUUAUGCCAUAUUAUUUUAUUUUUUAAAAAUCACGAAAUUAGAUACACCCAAUGCAGUGUUAUAUGCUCCCAGAAUUUUUCAGGGCCUAUGUGCAGCACUGGGUGAUUAUGGAAUUGUCAAGUUGGUUAUUCUUUGGUAUUCUGAGUUACACAAAAACGGAAUUGCAGGUAAUAAAAGUGAUAAUGAGAAAAAUGGAAAAAGUGAUAAAAACAUUAUUGAAAAGCAGGGUGAAGAAUGCUCCUCUGUUAUCUACACAAUACUAAUUUGCUAUUUCAUUUGUUGGUUCCACUUCUACACAAUUUGUAGAACCUCUUCUCAUUCAUUUGAGUAUAUUCUCAACAUAUGGGGGGUAUACUUUAUAUCUAACAACUAUCGUCCCCAAAUUAUUGUUAAGGGAAAAAGAAUAAAUAACAAUUCGAAUGAGAACCUUAUUGAUGGUAAUAAUCUAAGGAAAGGAGAUUCAGAUUUUGUCCAAAGCUGUGUAAUUUACAGAAAACAGUUAGCACAAGAGUGUCAUAAGAGGAAUAAUAAAGAGGAACAGAAAACUAGGAAUAGCACAGACAAUAAUGAAGCUUUGUUAUAUUCCCAUUUUGUGUCAGUAGGAAAUAUAAGAGAUUCUCCGCAGGUUGUAAUGAAGGAAGGUAUUUCAAAAUUAUCGUGUGAUGAUUUCAAGAUGGACCCAUACAAUAAUACAGAAAAAUUAUCCAAAUUGAAAAUUGUUCAUAUGCAGAAUUUGUUACUAAGUUUGUUAUGUAGUUCAUUUUGUGUAUUAAUCAGACCUAACGCUGCUCUAUUUUGGAUAUGUAUAUAUAUCCUUUACUUGUUACAAAGCAGGAUUAAGAAUAAUAAUGUGAUAUUAUCAUUUGAAGAAGUGUUUAUAAUUGGGAUUUUGUAUACUAUAAUUUUUUUAUUAAUUAGUAUUGGGAUAGAUUCAUAUUAUUAUAACAAAAUAACUAUAUCAUUUUUGAAUUUUUUUUUAUAUAAUUUUUUAAGUGGAGAAAAUAAUUAUUUUGGAGAAAAUCCCAUCCAUUUUUAUUUUUCAUGUGUAAUACCAUCCAUAUAUCUAGCCUUCACACCAUUCACAUAUUACAGUUUUAUCGAUUUUGUCAAAAACAUCACUAGAAAAAGAACUUCAGUUCUUCAUGUCUUUCUCAGUAGAAUAGAUCAUAUUGUAUACCUUGCAACACUUUUAGAAGUUCUAUCUUUAUCAUUUAGUGUACACAAAGAACAUAAACUACUAAUAGGAUACAUCCCUUUUAUUACUAUAUUUACUGGUGUUAGUCUUCACAAGUUCUGGAUAUACAUUCAGGAACCUUGUUAUUCACAACAUGUGAAUAUUGCUAAUGGAAAAGAUGAUCGUGUGUAUACAAAUGACGGAAUGGAGGAAAAAAAAAAAAAAAAAAAAAAAAAUUUCCUAUUGUUAAAUAUAGGGUUUCUACUUCAUAUCAUAUGCAUUGUGUUUUUCAGUAGGAUACAUAAUAGCUCACCAGAGAAAGUAGCAACUUAUUUUCGAAAUUUAAAAACAGAUAAUGAUAAGGAUAUUACUAUACUGAUAACCGAUUGUUACGAUACCCCAUUAUAUUCUCAUAUUCAUAGAAAAUUUAAAAUAGGAUUCUUAGAUUGUUCUCCACACAUUAAAAAAGCAAAUGGUAAUGUGUUACAUAAUUGGAGAAAAAGAAUAUACGACAAUCAAUUUGGAAAUGUAUUUUAUGAUAUAUUCGAUAUAAAUAAACGGACAUCUGACACACUUGAACCAUAUAUCAUACCAGAAAAAUCAUUUCAUUGGUUUGGACAUAAAAAUUUUAAUAUUAGAAAACAUUUCGAAUUUAUUUACGAAAAAAUUAACUUUACCUGUCUAUAUUAUCGUUUUUCAAUACCAUUAAAUGGAGACCUCCCACUUUAUUUAGUAACGACCUCGGAACAUUUGGCACAUUUGAAGCCAUUCUUAACCAAAUUUAAUUAUCGCCUUGAGGUGGAUCCUAUUUUUUCUCAUUUUUCCCUCGUAAAACAGGGAACAAAGCUUGGUGUAGUCAAUCAUUUGAUUUUCAAAAGGUACUAUGAAACUGUUCAAGUACCUUAG